CCGCCGAUCGCCCGGGCGGCUGCCCCAGCUGGGCAGUACUGCACCGCGCCGCGCUCGGUGCCUGCGGGGGCCGCUAUACGCGCUGGCCGGCGCCGCGGGCGGGAGGUGUGCCGACGGCCGGCCGCAGACAAAGGAGGCGCGGCGGAGCCCGCGCGGACCGGGCGCACCAUGCACUCGGGGCGCGGGCGGCCGGCUGCGGCUCUGGGGAUCCGGCCCUAGUCGCCGGCCCCGCCGCCCCGGGGCGCCAUCGGAACGACGCGGCCCCGCGCGGCGCGAGGAGGAGCCAUGGGCAAGUGCAGCGGGCGCUGCACGCUGGUCGCCUUCUGCUGCCUGCAGCUGGUGGCUGCACUCCAGCGGCAGAUCUUUGAUUUCCUGGGCUACCAGUGGGCUCCCAUCCUGGCCAACUUCCUACAUAUCAUGGCUGUCAUCCUGGGCAUCUUUGGCACCGUGCAGUAUCGGUCCCGGUAUCUCAUCCUGUACGCUGCCUGGCUGGUGCUCUGGGUUGGCUGGAAUGCCUUCAUCAUCUGCUUCUACCUGGAGGUUGGACAGCUAUCCCAGGACCGGGACUUCAUCAUGACCUUCAACACAUCCCUGCAUCGCUCGUGGUGGAUGGAGAAUGGGCCGGGCUGCCUGGUGACUCCCGUUCUGAACUCCCGCCUGGCACUGGAGGACCACCAUGUCAUCUCCGUCACGGGCUGCCUGCUUGAUUACCCUUACAUCGAAGCCCUCAGCAGUGCCCUGCAGAUCUUCCUAGCUCUGUUCGGCUUCGUGUUUGCCUGUUAUGUGAGCAAAGUGUUCCUGGAAGAGGAAGACAGCUUUGACUUCAUCGGUGGCUUUGACUCCUAUGGGUACCAGGCGCCGCAGAAGACAUCGCAUUUACAGCUGCAGCCUCUGUACACGUCAGGGUAGCUUCUGCCCCGCAGCCACCCGCAUACCUGGGCAACUGGAGUGAGCAGCACUGUAAGGGAAUUCGGAUAACUUUGGGCAGGCGCGUCCCCUGGCGGCCCAUUGGCUAACUGCAACUUGCGUGGCCCCUCCUGGAUCUGCGGGAUGGGGCCCUUGGAGCAAAUGCGGACUCAGACUGGAGCAAAUGCAGACUCAAGACUUGAACUUGACCCUGACUCUGGCCAUGGCCCUUGGCAGCCAGACUUUAGGGUUGGAGCAGGAUGGGAAGGGGGGGAGGGGUACUCGCUGGGUUUGUAUUUU